AUGGAAACGGAAGGAGGAGCAAUACAGCAACAACAACAAUCAUCUGGAGGAGAGGGACCACGUCGUCAUCAUCAUCAAACCGACAUUAUUGAUGCCGAUGCAAACGACAGUGGAAACGAACUAUCGAUGGGAGGAAGUACAAGUGAAGUCUUUAUAGCCGAUUCAAUGUCUCAUCAUCGUGGAGAACACUCGAAGAAUCAUCAUCAUCAAGACCGUCUUCUCGGUCAAACGGCUACUUCGUCGAUUUCAGAUAAGCUGAUUCGAUUCGUCUACAAGCGAUUCAUCUCAACGAAGAUUGCGCAUCAAGAGAAGCGGCGAGAAGAAGAAGCGAAGAGUGUCACACAUGACUCGCCUGCUUGA